AUGUCUUCUCCACUGCGUCCCCAGUUCUUCUGUGCCCGCCCAAAUGGCACUCUCGUUCCCCUCAUUUCUGUCGACGAGCUGCCUGCCCAUCUCUCUAUUCGUGGUGCCCCCCGGGUGCUCUCCCCAAACGAAACACAAGGCAUGACUAGCCUAGGAACUCUAAGUCCAAGAGCACAGUUUUACACCGUUGAGGGAGCUGCAGCAGCCACCACUCGUCCUCCUUCCUCCAACGCUGCAAAUCAUCGCUCCCGCAAUCACGAUCUUCAGUCCUCGCUGAUGAGACUUCUCGCUGAUGAGAAUAUACCAGCAAACCAACGCCUCGCUCUCCACGCCCUUCUUCAGCAAGGUAUGCCUCAGAAUCAUCAUACGCAUACUUCUCAAGCUACCGGGUGGCUCGUGCCCAACAGUGGCGGUGGUUCUGCAAAUGGAAGUCCAAGACAGAAAGAGUACUGCUCUUACUGGAUUCGUCAUGGUGAGUGCGAUUAUCAACAGCAAGGGUGCCUCUACAAGCACGAAAUGCCUCAUGAUCCAUCGAUGCUCGAAAAACUCGGACUGCGUGACAUUCCUCGUUGGUAUCGUGAGAAAUAUGGCAUUUCAAGCAUCUUGCCAAAUGGACAUGCACAUCCACGCCCCCAUCCUGGAAAUGGUCACCAGUGGAAGGACGACAGAGCUGCAAUUAAAUCGAUCCAGUACCCUUCUCGCCUGACUAUCAACGGAGUCACCGAGUCUUCCGAACCUGAGCAUAACCCUAAGCAGAAGACCCCGACUUUCAUUCCUCAUCAGCAACAGGCUCCCUCUGUGGUCCCCGGAGGGCCCCAGAUUGCUUACCAGGGCACAAGCUCUUCCGCCACACCAGUCUCCCAGAAACAGGGACUUAAGAGCACCGCCAGCCAGCUCAACAUAGGAGGCAAGAAGAUAGGUCUAUUUACAUUCGACCGCCUUCAGGACUACACUUCGUGCAACCCCUUGGUCUACCAUCCUGCCAAAGAGAGCAGCUUUGAAGCCUCUGAUAAGGCUCAGCGUCAGGACCUCGUCCGCAACCUUCAGUCUCUUGUGCCGGCACCUAUACCCACGAAUGCAGAUUACCUUCCCAGUCCCUUCGACUCUCAUUUAGGCUCUAGCCACUCGAAGAAGAUACAAAAGUCCCGUCGCUUGUACCAGCCACGUUCCCACGAUGCAAUGCCUGAAAGUGGGCCGGACGUGAUAGAUUCGGAUUCCAUGCCAAACACACAUCAGAAUCUGGCAAUAGCCUCAUCAAGCACUGCUUCUGUCGCUUCCAAGACCACUGGGUCGCAGUUUACGAGCCCGGUAGUGGACAAUAUGCACAGCAGUACUACAUCUGAGCCUCCUACUCGUGGUGCGUCCCCUCACUCUGGAGCAUCUUUCUCUUCUGGAACUAGCCCUGGUAUUCUUCGUUCUCGCAACAAGGACAAGGCCCCCAGAAGAGCCCCAGGUGCGAUUGGUACCAAGAGGGUGUACCGUAAGAGAUCUGUCGGCUCUUCUGAGGAGGACCUUUUCGGUUUCGGAAACGAGUAA